AUGUGGAGAGGCGUGACCAGGCCCGAGUGCUUCAGGUACAGGGUGUUGGGCCUGCCGCAGGGGAAGCUAGACGCCGUCUCCUUGAUCAGGCGCAGCGCUGCGCUCUUCCUCUAUGACUUCCACGCCAAGUACCUCUACGGGCCCUACCACGCCAAGAUGGUGCGCGCACUGCUGGCGAGGCUCGGCGUGGACGAUCGCCGAGAGGGGCUAUGCAGGACGCCCAAGCGCGUCGCCAAGGCCUUCCGCGAUGGCACCCAGGGUAUAACCCGUGGAUCCAUUCCCUUCGUAAUUGCGCAUGUUCACGUUCGUUCCCUGGACUUAGCUCCCCUGCGUUGUCUAGAGUCGCGAAGCACCAAAGCGAUGCCGUUUGUGAAAUGUCAAUACUUGCGUAAUCUGACUAGAACUAGAUUUUGGUGGUUCUCUUUUGGUAGGACUUUUUAG